AUGUUCUCUCCAAAGCACCCCAGAGCUUGUGCACUUGCAGCCAAUCCACAGCUACUCGAAGAUAUAACAUUUUUUCCUCUUGAUAAAUCACUCUACCACACUUCUCAUUCGGACUUUCCUAUUGACCUCACGGAUAUCCUUCAUUUCCCCCAAUUGAACUUCAUCCCUCCCCAAGAGUACAAGAUGAGCCGCGCAAGACGGGAGUCAUUCCAGGCUUUGAAGAAGUGGGUUUUCGAUAGGAACUCACAGGUGAAGAAGAUAGCCGCAGGCCAAGGUAUUGCUGGUACCCGAGCCGCGCCCUCACAGUCCGGCUCCAACGAUUCGAAAAUCGGCUCACGUUUGGACAACGGCGAGACAUUCACCAAGGACGGAAAGGAGUAUAAGAGAUACAAGUGGCAGAUCAACAAGAAUGCGGAAAAUGCAACGCUGAAAGAUAUUGCGAGCAAAGAUUCCCACAAGGUGUGGGCCGAAGCAGAUAUUCCGAUCACAUCGGAUAACUCUAAAGCAAAGGCUACAGUGUCACAGCUAUUUGACGACCUGGAAGAGAGUAUGAAAUGA